AUGACAGUGUUACGCACAUUGACCUUUAUCGAGCAUGAGCACGUCGGGUUUGUCGCCGUGGCGUUGGGGUUUUUGGCUCAUGUCUUCUACAAGAGAUUUGAACCUACUGCCAUUGGUUUCCUGCUCCAGUCCGCGGUGUUGGGCGUGCUCCUCUUCGUCUGGAGUAAUUUCUCCACCAACUUUGCGGUCUCCCACAUCAGGGUCUGGGCUCCGGUGAAAGCGGUUCUUUUGUAUUUCUGCACGCUUGGUGUCUCGAUUGCAUUCUAUCGGCUCUAUCUCAAUCCUCUCAGCAAAUUUCCGGGUGAAAAGCUGCGGGCCCUCACGAAAUGGAGACACUACAUUGAUGCUAAUCGUGGGACCACUCUUCACGUUAUGAUGAAGCAACAUCGAGAGCUGGGCGAUUUCGUCCGCAUAGGUCCCAAUGAAAUCUCCAUCGCAGAUCCGAGCUUCAUCCCAAUCAUUCACGGCAACAAGUCAAGAUUUCCCAAGGGCCCGUGGUACCAGGACUUGAACUCGGACGUGGUCCAAUCGCUCAUCGAGAUUCGCGACUUUGAAAAGCAUAAAUCUCAGCGUAAAAUCUGGGAUGAGGUUUUCACACCCCGAGCUCUGAGAGUGUACGAAGGCCGUAUAUUGAACAUCCUGGAACAGCUGAUAACGCAAUUCAAAGGGGCUGCGAAAUCAAAAGAGCGAGUUGAUCUCGCCCUGUGGUCUGAGCGUCUUUUGGUCGAUACCACUGGCAAGAUUGCCUUUAAUGUCGACUUCCACGCGGUUCAAAAUGCAAAGGGCCAUUUCUACGUCGAGUUCAUCCAUGCAACGUUGCAGCAUGUUGCUUCCCUGGCUGAAGUAUCUUGGGUGAAGCCGCUUUUCGCAUAUCUGCCACUCAAAAAGAGUCAACUUGCUCAGAUCGAGCAAUUCAAAACCUUUAGCGAAGAAAAGUUGUCGGAACGGAUGCAAAGCCAGGGCUCAGCUGAGAUUGAUGUCCUCGGUUUCUUGAUGUCGGCCGGGGAAAGAAAUCCAGCCUACAAGUUGAGCACCCAUGGCCUGGCUUCCGAAACUCGGUUGGUCAUCGCCGCUGGAAGCGAUACCACGAGUAUUGCUAUCACUUCUGCUAUGUAUUGGCUGCUCCUCGACAAGAAAGCAUAUCUAAAACUGCGACAGGAGUGUCGCACGAUUUUCUCCCCAGACGAACCAUUCGAGGCUGCAAGGCUCGGAGACUGGAAGCGAGCUCCGUAUUUGAAUGCUUGCAUCAACGAAGCCCUACGACUGUUACCCUCUGGUCCAAAUGGCAUGCAGAGGGUAGUUAACACACCAGGUGGAAUAAUGACUCCUAACGGAAUCAAUAUCCCCGAGGGCACCAAAGUCAGCGUGCCGACCUGGACAGUACACCACGAUCCGCGCAACUUCGAAAAGCCAUGGGAUUUCAUCCCGGAGCGGUGGAUCGAAGGCUCUGGGUUCGAGGGUGCUCAUAACACGACAGCCUUCAUACCGUUUUCAUUGGGCACGUAUUCUUGCAUCGGGAAACCGCUGGCACUACUACAGAUCCGGCUGUUCUUGUAUAACGUCGAGGACCCAGCUGAAACGGAGUACGGCGGUCGCAGGAUCACUGCUAUUUUGGUGGACGAACAGAAAGAGCGACUCUCAGCUGGUCUCCAAUACGACGUAGUGGUCUUGGGAUCCGGCGCGUCGGGGCUGACCACCGCAGUUACCGCGGCCCAGAAUGGCUUGAAGGUCCUGGUGCUUGAGAAGACAAGGUUUUUCGGUGGGACGACGGCCUAUUCUGGAGGUGCUCCGUGGAUCCCAGUGAACAAGUACCAGCCUACUAUAGGAGUUCGAGACACCAAAACUGCCGCCGAGACGUAUCUGCGCAGUGUUCUUGGUCCUACGCAUUUUGCGAGUGCGGAAAAGAACAUCGAGGCAUAUCUGAAUACGGCCCCAAAGAUGGUGGAAUGGAUGGAAGCCAAUACCGCCGUCAAAUUUCAAGCAACUACGCUGCCUGACUACCGGCCAAAUAUUGACGCCGCGUCCAAAGGUCGUACAAUCAUACCAGUCGACUUCAACGGCAGACUACUUGGCCAGGAGUUGCGCAAUGUUCGUUAUACGUUACAGGGCAUGAAGGCGUUUGGGUCGAUGCAGGUGAGCCCCUUGGAGACGGAAAUUCUGCAAAAUCCCUUUGGCUCGGUAUCCAACUUGGUCCACACGGCAAAGAAAGGUGCCAACUGGGUUCUUGACCUGCUCGUUUACGGAAAAGGGUCCUUCAUGGUCGGUGGCAACGCUCUAGUUGGUCGUUUGCUCCUCACUGCCAUCGAAUCAGGAGUGACGCUGGAAACUGAAGCUGAAGUGACGGGGCCACUGAUGGAAGACAACCGCGUCGUGGGGGUGCUUCUCUCCGUUGCCAAUGGAGAAAAGCAGAUUCCCAUCAAGGCUUCCAAAGGCGUUGUCCUUGCUACUGGAGGUUUCGGCAGGUCUGAAGAAGGUAAGGAGUUUGUGCCUCAAGACUGGAGUGCUGUGCCAAAGACAAACCUGGGAGACGGGAUCCGAUUGGGCCUCAAGGCCGGAGGAUAUCUCCCACCACCCAACGAAGACAAUGCCAUCUACGCACCGAUCUCUGUGCUUCAGUAUGACGACGGCCGCACGCGCUGUCUCCCGCACUUUGCGGGCGAUCGGACGAAGCCGGGAUCACUCAUCGUGGACGAGGAUGGGAAGCGUUUCGAGAACGAGUCGCGAAAUUACCAGGACUUUGUUAAGAAAAUGCACUCCCUCCAGAUCAACAAGGCUUACUAUAUCGCCGACGCGGACCACCUGCGCAAUUACGGCAUGGGCAUGGCGCUGCCCUGGCCCUACUGGAAUCGCAACGUCCUGCGCAGGGGCUAUCUGACCAAGGCGCAAACGAUCCCCGAGCUGGCCGAGACCCUCAAGAUCCCAGUGGCAAACCUACAACAAUCAGUGGAGGACAUGAAUACGUACGCAAAGACGGGCAGGGAUGUUCAAUUCCAUCGUGGCGAAGACGCCUACGAUCAAUUCUACGGCGACCCCGCCGUCAAACCGAACUCCAGCUUGGGGCCGAUUCGCAAGCCACCCUUUUAUGCUCUUCCUCUGUACCCAGGGAACGUGAGCGUCAUGUAUGGUUUGGCCACCAACCAGAACGCUCAAGUACUGUCCAAGGAAGGCAGCGUCGUCAAGGGUCUUUACGCCGUGGGUUGCGACAAUAAUAGUAUCAUGCGAGGCCAAUACCCAGGUGGAGGAAGUAGUAUCGGCCCAGCCAUGACCUUUGGGUAUAUCGCAGCACUGCAUCUAGCCGGUCGGCUGGGUCAGGCUUGA